AUGGGGACGGGACGGGACGCGGCCGUUGUCUUUUGGGGUGCCCCCAAGGGGGCCGAGAACGUCGCCUGGAGGGGAGGGGGGACAGCACAUCUGGGGGCGACACGCGAGGCCAAUAAACCGAUCUGCUCCGGGCUCCGCUCGCCUCCCCGAGCGCUUCUUUGGACUGAGCGGCGGGCACCGGGCUCCCGGCCCGGGGGCGGAGCGGGGCCGGCCCGGGGGGGGGCGGAGCGGGGCCGGGCGGAAGCCCAGCGGCGGCGGCAGCGCGGAGAGCUCUGCAGCCCAGGAAUGGCACCUGGGAAGCCAGGGAAGAGUGCGGGGGCCUCGGAGGACCCCUCGGUGACGCUUUUCCGGGAGUACCUGCGGAUUGACACCGUCCACCCCAAGCCUGACUAUGAUGCGGCCAUCCAGUUUUUGGAGCGCGUCGGCACCGACCUGGGCUUGGCCAGCCAGAAAGUGGAGGUGUGCGAGGGCCGUGUGGUGCUGGUCCUCACCUGGCUGGGCACGAACCCCCGCCUGCGCUCUAUCCUGCUCAACUCUCACACCGAUGUCGUGCCGGUUUUCGAGGAGCACUGGACCUACCCACCCUUCGAGGCUGUUAAGGAUUCGCAAGGCAACAUCUACGCCCGGGGUGCCCAGGACAUGAAGUGCAUCUCCAUCCAGUACCUCGAGGCCAUCCGAAGGCUGAAGGCAGAGGGAAAGUGCUUUGCCCGCACCAUCCACCUGACCUUCGUGCCUGAUGAGGAGGUGGGCGGACACAAGGGCAUGGAGAUGUUCGUGCAGCGCCCGGAGUUCAGAGCGCUCAACGUGGGCUUUGCCCUGGAUGAGGGCUUGGCCAGUCCGUCCGACACCUUCAGCGUCUUCUACGGUGAAAAGAGCCCUUGGUGGAUCAAGGUGAAGUGCAUGGGCAGCCCCGGGCACGGGUCCCGCUUCAUCAGCAACACGGCGGCCGAGAAGAUGCACAAAGUGAUCACCUCCUUCCUGGCCUUCAGGGAGAGCGAGAAACAGAGGCUCAAAUCUGACACGAGACUGACCCUGGGGGACGUCACCUCGCUCAACCUGACCAUGCUGGAGGGGGGCGUCUCCUUCAACGUGGUGCCCUCCGAGAUGGCCGCCGGCUUCGACAUCCGCAUCCCACCCACCGUGGACCUCAAGGCCUUUGAGAAGCAGGUGGCCAGCUGGUGCCAGGCCGCUGGGGAUGGUGUCACUUAUGAGUUUCACCAGAAAUGCAUGGACCAGCACAUCACCUCCACCGAGGAGUCUGACCCGUGGUGGAAAGCCUUCAGUGGGGUCUGCAGGGACCUGAAGCUGCAGCUCAAGCUUGAGAUCUUCCCAGCUGCCACUGACAGCCGCUACAUCCGAGCAGCAGGACACCCAGCCAUCGGCUUCUCGCCUAUGAACCGCACCCCGGUGUUGCUGCAUGACCACAACGAGUUCCUCAACGAAGAUGUCUUCCUGCGGGGCAUUGACAUCUACGCCCACCUCCUGCCUGCCCUGGCCUCUGUGCCCCCGCUGCCCGCCGAGGGCUGAGCCUUUAGAAGGGGACAGGGACAGGACGGGGGGAUGCAGAAGAUGCCGGUCAGCGCGCCAGGGAGCCUGCAGGCAUCGUGCCACCUUUCUUAAGUGUCCCUCUACUGUGGCUGUGCAAAGGGCUGGCCUGAUGGUGACACGUGUCCUGGCUGUGCCCUCGAAGGCUGGGUCCGGCCAUUCCUAGGCACCACGCUGAGGACCGUGUCCCCUUGCCCACGUGUCAGCGCAGCCCCAGGCACCUCCUGCCCCGUGCCACCCCAGCCACUGGGGCUUGCGUGUGCCCUGGGCUGCGUGCCCACGGCUCGUCCUGCUUCCCUGCCCGCUUUCAGGGGUGCUGGGGACGUGCCACCCAGCCGGUGCCUCCCUGUCCCCACCACACAGAUUCACUCAAUAAAUCUCCUUGGUAAGCAAGGCCAGGA